GUCAUCUUCUAACCACUAUCCCCUCAAGAGUAUUCCGCCGUCGACCGCCACAAACCACCGAUUGGAUAGCAAGAUCCGAGGGUUCGUGGUAAAUUUUGGGGUUUAUAUGGCUGAUCGUAACUUGGCGGUGGUGAAGCCAAUAUGGAUGAAGCAAGCAGAAGAAGCAAAACUAAAGAGCGAAGCUGAGAAAGAUGCGGCGGCUAAGGCGGCCUUCGAGGCUACCUUCAAGGAUGUUGAGAAGAACCGUGAGCCUGCUGCUUUGUCGGAUAGUGACGGCGAUGAAGAAGAAGACUUGACUAACAAGCCUAUUGGGCCAGUGGACCCCUCCAAGUGCACGGCUGCUGGGACUGGGGUUGCAGGAGGGACGGCAUGCGCGCCGUCAUCCUUUGUUGUCGUUACAAAGGAUUCAGAUGGUCGUAAAGUUCCCAAUGGUGGAGCCCUGGUUAAGGUGAAGGUUUCACCUGGGGUGGGUGUUGGAGGAUCCGAGCAGGAAGGGAUUGUGAAGGAUAUGGGUGAUGGGACCUAUACAGUUACUUAUGUGGUUCCGAAGAGAGGGAACUACAUGCUGGAUGUUGAGUGUGACGGCAAGCCUAUCAUGGGGAGCCCUUUUCCGGUUUUCUUUAGUGCAGGCACAACUACUGGAGGGCUUCUGGGUUUUGCUCCACAAGUGAAUUUCCCCAAUUUGGUUAAUCAGACGAUGCCGAACAUGCCAAAUUACUCUGGUUCUGUUUCAGGUGCAUUUCCUGGACUGCUUGGAAUGAUUCCUGGUAUUGUGCCUAGUGCCUCAGGUGGGGUAGUCUUGCCUGGGAUUGGAGCAUCUCUUGGGGAAGUUUGCAGAGAGUAUCUGAAUGGACGCUGUGUCAAAACUGAUUGCAAGUUCAGUCAUCCGCCACACAAUCUGCUGAUGACUGCUCUGGCAUCCACGAGUACCAUGGGAACUCUUAGUCAAGCACCGAUGGCGCCAUCUGCAGCUGCAAUGGCAGCUGCACAGGCCAUUGUUGCUGCUCAAGCACUCCAGGCACAUGCUUCCAGUGCACAAGCUCAUUCAUCUAGAGACACUUCUGGAUCAGCAGACAAGGCAGCGAAGACGGAUUCCUUGAAGAAAACUCUACAAGUUAGUAACCUGAGCCCACUGCUUACUGCGGAUCAGCUGAAACAGUUUUUUAGUUUUUGUGGCACAGUUAUUGACUGUAGUAUCACAGAUUCUAAGCAUUUUGCUUACAUUGAAUAUUCAAAACCUGAAGAAGCAACUGCUGCACUUGCAUUAAAUAACAUGGAUGUUUUAGGCCGCCCAUUGAAUGUUGAAAUGGCAAAGUCAUUGCCUCAGAAGCCUGCCAAUAUGAAUGCUGCCCUUGGUUCAUCUUCUUUGCCAAUGGUGAUGCAGCAGGCUGUUGCAAUGCAACAGAUGCAAUUUCAGCAGGCUCUGCUAAUGCAGCAAACCAUGAACGCACAACAGGCAGCUAAUCGAGCAGCAACCAUGAAGACUGCAACAGAAUUAGCAGCAGCUAGAGCUGCGGAAAUAAGUAUGAAGUUAAAAGCUGAAGGGAUAAUUGGAAAUGACGAUGAACCAAUUAAAAGUCCCAGGUCACCUUCUCCCGUCCCCGCAAGGUCGAGAUCUAAAUCAAAGUCUCCUGUCAUUUAUCAACGAAGGAGGAGGUCUCGCUCCUUUUCACCUCAGCAUCGUCGUAUGAGGGAUUAUAGAUCCAGAUCACCUGUAAGAUCCCGCCAUUACUUCAGUUAUGAGUAUGAAAGGCGGCCUUUUAGGGACAUUAGGGGUGGUAGUGACCGAAGUAGAAGACGAGAAUAUGGCAGAUCAAAUGAUCGUCAUGCUUGGAGAAAUAGGAGCAGGAGUGUGAGUCCACGUGCCAGAAAGUCUUACCGUGAUGGUUCAGAAUCUCCUAAACGCCGUCGUGAAAGUCCAACCCAUAGGCCAAAAAAAUCCUCUCAGGCCACCUCUAGAUCUCCAGUUAGUCAUCGAGGAAACAGGUCACCACCAAAAAGUGAUGAUCAGACUAAAGAAAAACACAGAAGGCGUUCCAGGUCAGGAUCUUUGGAUGUCAAGCAUCGGUCUGAUGAUAAGAUUGACGACAGUAGGGAGGAAAGAGCAAAACGUCGUGAACGGAGACGAUCAAGGUCUAGAUCUUUAGUCAGGUCAUCACCAAAAAGUGAUGAUCAGACUAAAGAAAAAAACAGAAGGCGUUCCAGGUCAGGAUCUUUGGAUGCCAAGCAUCAGUCUAAUGAUAAGAUUGACGACAGUAGGGAGGAAAGAUCAAAACGUCGUGAAAGGAGGCGAUCAAGGUCUAGAUCUUUAGAAGGUAAGCACCGUUCAGGUGAUAAAUCAAGUGACACAAAACAAAGGGAUCGUAGGUACUCCAGGUCACUCUCAGCAGAAGAUAAGCAUCAUAGUCGCAGUAAUUUGAAUACAAGAAUUUUGGAUGAUGGUAAAUCAAAGCACAGAAGACGCUCCAGGACUAGGAGUCCAGAAGAUAACCAUCGCUCGAGCGAUAAAACCGAUAGAAGCAGGAAGGAAAAGUCAAAGUAUCAUGCUAGAAGGCAGUCUAGGUCAGCAUCUCCAGAAGGUAGGCGUCACAAAGGGAGUAGAAAAUCCCCAGGACGUUCGGAUGAACAUAAAGCAAAACACAGAAGGCGGUCAAGGUCAAAAUCAGCAGAACAUAAUCGAUUGAACAAUGAUGAUCAUGAUCCUGAUUGGUCUGGUGACGUUAAUGCAGAGCGUAAUUCUAACUCAAACAUUUUAAAGGAUAUCAAGGAGGAUGGUGCAUCAUUUCCUUCACCUCGAGCUGACAAUGUAACUUACCCAGAUGACUCAAAAGGUGGAAGCGACCCCUUCAAGUCUGAAACUUAUAGAGAUGGUGAAAGGGAUCACAAGACAGCCCAGGUUACUGUGAAGAAACCACAUGAUGCUGAAGAAGUUCAACAGGAAUAUGCUGGCUUCACUCUUUCUGCUGAUUUUAAUUGGUUAAAAUGUUUGAAGAACUUUUCUGCACCCCUAACUGGAGUCUGCAAUGCAAUGUUUUUAGCGACUUAAUCAGCUUAAUGUAUGUCCUAUUGCUACCUCCAUCAUUAGGUUGCUGGCUGGUUUCUUGUGGCGCUUUAUCAGAUCCACUUGGCAGGGUUUUUCUUGUCUGGUUGUAUAUAAAAGGUAUGGAGCCGAACAUUAGUUCAAAUGGCAGGCUCUUAUGAUGUUGAGCUUGCCAACCAGUUCUUGAAAUCUUUUGGAGUUCGGAGUGGUUUGAAGUGAAACAUAUAUUUGCAAAGUAUUAGAUUGCAAUAACAAGAUUGUAUGCACCUUACCCUGUGUCUUUUUCCCUUUUUUGCCUUUCCCCCUUUUUCUUCUCUUUCCCCUUUCUUCCUUUUCUUUUUUUCUUAAAAUUGUUGAUUAGGUCAGCUUUUUUAAGACCGACCGCAGCCAGGUGUCGCCGAGCUGACUAGUAUCUUGAUGCAUGAAGUACAGAGCAGAUUGGCUAACUAUGUGUUCUUUUAUCCUGGUGAACUGGGAUGUGUUAAUUGGCAGGUAAUAGUUCUUUGAACAUUGUAGUUGUCUAUAAGAAAUGGCAUGCCAAAGGGUCAAUGGCCUGGCGGCACUCGGGUGCGGGUAGAUCUCAACCUCCUUGGAGGUCAAGGGUUCAAGCCUCAUCAAAGGUGAGGUGUGUGUGUGAGUUUUGGCAUAUAUAACUUAAAAAAAGAAAAAAAAAUGGCAUUGCUAUAUGAUGUUAAUGUAAUAUGCUGGAAUAUGUGGAUUUGCUACAGCAGAUGUCUCAUAAUUUGAAUCUUAGUGAAUGCUUUACUAAACACUUUCACUUAUAGCCAUAGUAUUUGUUUCAUCAAUUACUAUCAGAGGUCAUUGGGUUGACUAUUUUUAAAUAUCUAAAACUUAAGGUCGCCAAUGCUUAACUUAACUAGACACCAUUUACUUGCUACCUUAUGGUAUUAUUUGUUUUCCUAUAACACUCUGCACCACCGACUCUGGUCUUCUUGUCAGAGUCUCCAUCAUUGCUUCUCAAUUGUUCCAAUGUAGUAGUCUUUGAAACACAUAAUUAACUUUAUUAUAUUGGUAUGACACGUUUUUCCCCCCUUUUUCCCCCUUCAUUUUGAUGCGAGUACUGAGUAGCAAGAUAGAACGGAAUGCUGGGUUGCGAGGGUUCAAUGUUGUUCCCUUAAUCCACACUAAGACCAACAACCAUUAUAGUACCAGCUAUCUAUUUUUCAAAAGAAAGAAACGUAAUUGAACAAACAUAAGACAAAGGUCACCCUAUAACUGUUUUUAUAGUGUUGAUGUUAGCAUUAUCCUUAUUUAUCAGAUUCCUAGCGAAUGAGUCCCCUGUUUUUCUUCAUAUCCAUUGACACGAGGAGUUCCAUAUUACCCAGAUGUAAAUUUAGCAGCUAUUACUUUGUAUCCUUUUUUUUUUAUUAACCUGGAUAUCCAACCCGCUAUGCGAGCCGACUAAGCCCAG